CCUCUCAGUCUCCUCUCGUGAAAAAUAACCCCAUCUAAUGGGAUUCUCUACAUUGAUUUGAAUUGAUUUUGCAUCUCAGAUACUCAAAACACUGAGAAGGUAAACAUGUUUCGACUUUGUUUCCAAGGCACAUUGGUACAAACCAAGACAUUAUCCAUAUUUCACAAAGAAAUUGUUAACCUAAAGUGUCUUAGACUGAACACUAAACUGAUACGGCAUUUUGCUAGCUAUUCAAAGGUAGACAGCGAAGUAGACCGCAUUUACUAUGGUCCUUUAACGCCUCAAAUUAAGGCAGUGAAGGUAUUUUCUCUAAGCUCCAGCGUCGCGGGCUUGGUAGCUCAACCGAUCAUUAUAAACGAAGCAGCCACCAUUGGAAGCACUUCACUCCUCGUCGCUAUUUGUUCUGUGGUUGGGUUCUUCACGUUCGUAACACCAAUACUGCUACAUCAAAUUACUAAGAAAUAUGUAACAAAGAUUGACUAUGAUAGCACAAAUUCAACAUACAAGGCAGUUACUUACAACUUUUUUAUUGCUGAAAAACAGCAUGAAUUCAAAGCAGAAGAUGUGAUAGUACCUGAAAUCCCUGGCAUGUUCACAACACUGGUGGCCAAGGGAAAGCCCAUGUUUGUAGAGGCGAGGCACUUCAGCGACCCCAUGCACUAUGCCAAGAUGAUGGGUUAUGAUAAACCCAUGGACUUUAAAAUGGGAGCUUCAGAAAGCAGUAAAUAAAAUUAGGUUUAGUGUUGUCAUGUAGCUGUUAAUUUAAUAAUUAUAAUAUUGUGUUACCAAGCAUUUCUUUUCAUUUGACCUCUGGCAGUCAGGUUGGUUGUUGUUUGUUGUUCAUUCUUUCUUUUUGUUGAUCAAUUUGCAUUUAGUAAAAAAAUCCCAGAACAAGUGACACAUACACAAAUUUUACAGAGGAUAUAGUUUAUUUUUGAAGUACUUACGCAUACUGAUUAACACUGAUUAUUAUUCAAUAGCCGGGUGCAAUCCACGGAGAACAAAAAUCUGACUGUUUGGAGCCGUGUUCGGCACACCCAAACAUAGUAAUUUAAUGCUCUUUGUAAACACCAUUAAAUGAAAAGAAUAUGUGUAAAAGUUUAGUGGGUCUAUAUUACCCAUUAUUAUACAGUAUACACCCAGUUUAGUGAAACAUCUCACUUUGUUGGAUACCAUAUAGCACAGUAUAAUAAAGAGUACUAUCGUACAGUAUGGCCACUCCCGCUCCGCGCGGAAAGUGCCGCCCACCCCCUCUCGGUUACCUCACAGUUACCGCCUGUCAAAAACGCGAACAGUCAACCUGUCAUAUCUCACUCAUACAAGCAUAGUACGCGUUCACCUACACGAGCUUAGAAUGUGUGCUAGGAACGCGCCUUUUUGAUAGAUUUGAUCGCCAGUGUCCGAGAUGUGCCAUAAGGAUGAUAUUUGCUUGUAUUUUCAUACAAGUAACAUGUCAAAACAGUGUUACGACAAUCAACAAAGUGGGAUGUUUUGCUGGAUAAUUACACACAGAGGUAGUCAAUAAAAGGUCCUAAAAUCUU